AUGACCGAGGGCCGGGCUACCCAGGCCCUGAAAAUUUACAACGAGAUGAAGAAGCGGGGGCAGAAACCCGAUGCUUAUACCUACAUGAUUGUACUACGAGGCCUCGGAAACCAUGCGCACCACUCCUCAAGCGUUGGAAAUGCACUUGCAGUGUACCAUUCCAUGUCUGCUCCGAAUUCGCCGGUCCCCCCCUCCGUAAUGCAUUCAAACGCAGUCCUGCGCGUGUGCUCGAGAGCGAACGAUAUGGACGCCUUGUGGGGUGUUGCAGCAAAGCUGCCCGAGAAAGGGCCAGGUGCGGCCGAUGCCUUCACGUACACCACGAUCCUCCAGGCCAUAAGGAACCACGCGCUUAUAACGCCAGAUGGAAUGUCAGAAGAUGACGUAGCGCACAAGCGAGAGGAGGCGAUAGUUGACGGAAGGAGAAUGUGGGUGGACAUAGUGGCCAAAUGGCGGUCCGGAGACAUCAUCAUUGAUGAACCUCUGGUGUGUGCUAUGGGGCAGUUGCUUCUGAUCGGAAAACGUCCCAGGGAUUGGGACGAUGUCCUGUCUCUCUUUGCGCAGACGAUGGAUAUUCCCCGGCUUUUGCGGCACCUGGGCGAUGACCGGAAGGCAAAAAUGCCUUUGCCCACCACGCCCCAGGAUAUGAAGACAGAAGAUUCCACUCAGAUUGACCCAACGGAUAACAUGCGCCGUGGUGGUGAGUUUGACCCUGUCGAGCUCGGAAAGACUGUUGGACGUGGCCGGCGCAGCAUGGCCUUUGCCAAACCGGGCAAUUCUUCUCUCUCCGUCAUUUUGCAUUCGUGUUGGAAAAUGGUGGCCAAAAAGGCGGCUGAGGACUACUUCCACCUUCUCACCGACUCGGACAGUUGGGGCAUUGCACCCGACGAAGCUAACUUGCAUAUGUACCUGCGCAUUCUCCGCCAGGCCCGCGCAUCUGCAGCCGCUGUUGAGUUUCUCAAGGACGAGUUCGAUGGCGGUCGGUUUCGCAUUGGCAUGAAGCCGCAGGCGAAGACGUUCAGAAUAGCAAUGAGCACCUGCGUCAGGGACAAGAACAACCCCAACGUUUUGGACCAUGCCAAUAGCAUCCUGGAUAUGAUGGCCACUUUCCUCGCCGAUCUGGAUAUGCGCACUUUGGCGAUGUACACGAGGCUGCUGAUGUCGGUUUCCCAGACCGACCAGCUUCUGAAGAGCCUCGAGCGACUGGGUCCUCAUUUCGUGAACGUGAAGAGGAUGCUCAGAAAUGACGAGCGCAAGCCGCUUGCACAGGAGGAUUGGGACGCAGCGCUCGAAUUUCUCUACGGGAUGAUUUCGUGCUACGAUCGUCUGAAGAAUAAGAGAGACCUGCCGCAAGAACACUACGCGGUGCUUAUGGAACGUAAAGCGAAGAUACAUGCUUUUUACGGGAGGGAAAUACUGAAACGGGAGAAGAGGCAGGGCAAGGACGUCAGGAAUCCAGAACUCAACCCAGGUCGUCGGGUUGAGCUGAAAGCUAAACGGCGGCGAGAGGAGGAGAGCAUGGGACAGGCUAAUGAAGAGGAUUAG